CUACCUCUCCCUCCACUCCACUACCCUCUGCAGCCUUAAAACAUCCCUAGGUCCGAGUCUUGUCGCUGCAGCACCCUUCCUCCUUAUUAUUCUUUCCUACCCGCUGAUCCUGGAUCCCUCCCUGCUGUCUGCAAGACAUCCAUUUGGUGUCACAAAGACCUUCUAGAAAACACCUCUUGCUCCAAGACACAUACACACACUGUCGCAAUGACGGUCUUCAUUGCUUCACUCUUCCUUCCGUACACCAUCAACUUCCAAGCUACCGAGCUGAGAUAUGCUCGUCGCAAAUCAUCCAGCAGCUCCUCUCAAGGAGAAGGGAAGAUUGUAGGACGCUUGGCUGAUACCAAUCGGAAACGCCAUUCGAAGAGCAUCAGUCUAUACACACCUGGGGCAACCACUGAGGAUGAGAAGAUCUUCAAGCCAUACAUCUCCCGGUCUGCCGGAGAGAUCCCGGCUGCAGAUGACCCCAAUGGUCCCGGCCCUAGUGAGCCUCGCACGGUCUCUUGGGGCCAGAGCCGGAAGUUCAACCAGCCACGCUCCAAGGCUUCUUUAUACCCGGAGCCAUCUAUCCUUAGUCGUCCUGAGAUCGACGAACUAGACAAUCCGCCGUAUCUUGAUGCUCCCUUGGAUGCAAUCAGCUCCGAGGAAGAGCAUGGCAGCCCGCGGGCCCUUCUUUCGGAGAUGGAUUGGGUGGUCAAAGCAGCAGAGCAGGGCAAUGGUGGCCUACGCAAUGCUAUCAAUGCUGCCGAGGAAGCCGGUAUGCUGACAGACAAAAUGUGGGUGGGGACCUUGGGCAUGCCCACCGACUCGUUAAAGGACGAGACUCGGGCUAGUAUCUCCGAGGCCCUCGAAGAUGAGUUCGAGUCCUUGACGGUUUUCGUCAAUGACAGCGAGUUCGAGGGCCAUUACACUCACUUUUGCCGUGCCGUCCUCUGGCCUGCCUUCCACUAUCAGAUGCAAGAAAGUCCUCGACACACAGAGUAUGAUGAUUAUUCCUGGAAGCAGUAUGUGAGGGUCAACGAGGCCUUCGCGGACAAGAUUGCUGCCUACUGGCGUCCAGGGGAUAGCAUUUGGAUCCAUGACUACCACCUUCUGCUUCUCCCAUCCAUGCUCCGCGAGAGACUACCGAAUGCAGAGAUCGGGUUCUUCAUGCACACUGCCUUCCCAUCUUCUGAGAUUUUCCGGUGCCUCAAUGCUCGAGAUGCGCUGCUUCAUGGUCUAUUGGGCGCCGACCUCGUCGGGUUCCAGACGGAGGAAUAUUGCUACCAUUUCCUCCAGUCAUGCAUUCGUCUGCUCGGCUUGGAGGUGUCCGUCGAUGGUGUCCAGCUGGAAAAAAGAUUUGUCAACGUGAGAAACAUGCCGAUUGGAGUCGAUCCGAAAGCCCUCGAUCUGCUCCGCAGGUCAACCGAGGUCAAGGACUGGAUCGCCAAUAUCAGUUCUCGGUACAAGGGAAAGCACUUGAUUGUUGCUCGAGACAGGCUGGAUGCUCCCGGCGGUAUUAAGCACAAGCUAAUGGCUUAUGAGCUGUUCCUGAAGCAAUAUCCCAAGUGGAGAGACAAGGUCGUCCUUGUUCAAAUCGCUUCGGCCUCUGAAUUACCUGAGUUAGAGGCGCAAGUCUCGAAGAUAGCCAUGCGCAUCAACUCGGUCUACUCAAGUUUGACUCAUCAGCCACUGGUUUUCCUCCGCCAAGACAUCAGUUACUCUCAGUUCUUGGCUCUCAUGAGUGUGGCUGAGAUCUUCAUGGUCACUAGUCUGAGAGAAGGUAUGAACCUCAGUAGUCACGAUUACAUCCACUGCCAAGAUGGAAUCUUGACCGGGCAGCGCCAUGGCUCCCUCAUCCUGAGUGAGUUUACUGGAAGUGCGUCGAUCUUUAACGGCCACGAACUCAUGGUCAAUCCAUGGGAUUACAAGGAGGUUGCCGACACAAUCAACAGAGCCUUUGAGAUGACCGCGGAGCAGAAACAGCGCAACUGGGAGUUUCUGCUAGAAAAGAUGACUCCUCACACCGCUCUUGCCUGGUUCAACUCGUUCCAGGCCUCACUGACCAAAGCCCACAGCGCACAAUUAUCCCGUGAACUCAGCCAGGUAAAACCUCUUUCGCUCGAUGCCGUGAAAGGCGCGUACGACGAGUCCACCGUGCGACUGUUCUUCUUGGAGAUUGAGGGCAUAGUCGCCUCCAGCCAUGGAGGGCCUACUAACUUGGUUCCUCUACUCCAGCGCUUACUUGAGGAUCCAAAGAACUUGGUAUACGUGACCAGCAGCAAGAGUCCCGAACAGCUCGAAAUCCUGCUCGAGCCGCUCUCCACCAAAGUUGGAAUCAUUGCUGAGAACGGCUGUUUUGUGCGACAGAUUGGAAAUUUCGACUGGGUGACACUUGUAGACAUGGAGAAGGCCAAAGAUUGGCGAAAUGGCAUUCGCAAGGUGAUCCAAUAUUACCACGAGCGAGUUGAAGGAAGUGUGAUGGAGGAAGGCCGUUGCUUGCUAAAUUUCUGGUAUCACGACGCGCUUGACCCCGAGGCGGCCGCCCGCCAGGCUUCUGGCCUUGCCGAUCAGAUCAACGGCACUCGCGGUAGCGAAGCCAUCCGCGUGGUCCUCACCGAGGGCGCAGUGAGUGUUGAACCUUUGGACAUGACGAAAGCCAAAGCGGCCGAUUCCGUCUUGCAGCAUCUGGACCAAAUCCCGGACUUUUUGUUUGUGGCGGGCGGAGCCCGCGGCGACGAAGCCCUGUUCCGGUGGGCGAAUCGCCUUCAGACUGACGAGAAAAACCCCAGUGUCACCACGCUCACCGUGGGUACUCAUGCCACAGAAGCGCGAGCCGUUCCGCCCAAGGGAUUGGGCAUUGUUGACAUUGUAGAUGCGCUGGUCUUCUCUCUUCCCGAGGGCCACCUUGAUGGACAUCCUGACGGUCUCGCCGCCGAUGCCCCAGCCCCAGUCCAGGCUGAACAAGGAGAGGACGAGCAGACAAACAGACACGCUCCAGCCACCCCUCCUGUCUUCAAUGGACAUGAGGCAAACGGGUACUCCACCCCUCCUAUGUCUCCGACUCCGGACUGGCAUCUCGUGGAACACUCGCCUACAUUAAAUGGUGUGAAUGGAGCGACACACCCAUUAUGACCUUGAUGCCUACUGAUACGCAUCCACUUCUGGGAGCUCACUAACGACUAUCCUUAUCCUCCCGUCUACUUACCUCUUUCACCUCUUUAUGCAGCCUUCUUCUUUCUUAUACCUUGAUUCGAGGAACACCUUGUAGCACCUCCUUGACAUGACGUUACGUGACCUAACGUGUGACAUGACCUAAGAUUACCCUCAACCCUCUGUCACUACCACCAAUACCCUUCUCGGUUGUCCUUUUCCUCCACCUCUUGUCUUUUUUUUAUUCCAU